AUGUGGACUGUAUCGCUGGAAAUGGCACAGAUUCCGUUUACGCUAAAUUUUCUCACAUUCAUGGCUUCCUUUCACUUCACUCUCCUCCUCGUCCUCUUCCUCUCUCUCUUUCUCUCUGCUUCAGCCAAUCUCCACAACACGAAAGCCCUUCUUCACAAUUCCUCAAAUCUUUACGAUUCACAACUCCUCACUCUCCCUCUCAAUGAUACCCCACCAACUCGUUUCUUUGAAGUAACCAAACCCAUUAAGCAUCCCAACACCGAACCUUGUUCGCAUCAAAUUCUCCGCCAUGACUUUGGCUACACAUACGGGAAACCCCCGGUUACUGCUAACUACACGCCGCCUACUCAUUGUUCUUCCCAGAAGUUCUCCACGAUCGUCCUCGAAUGGAAUGCCACUUGUAAAGGAAGACAAUUUGACCGCAUUUUUGGGGUUUGGUUAGGUGGGGUUGAGCUUUUAAGAAGUUGUACAGCUGAACCGAGGGCUACUGGGAUAAUUUGGAGUGUUGAGAAGGAUAUAACGAGGUACUAUUCGUUGCUUCUUAAGAAUGAAACUCAAACUUUUGCUGUUUAUAUGGGUAAUCUUGUUGAUAAAACUUAUACUGGUGUGUAUCAUGUCGAUAUAACUAUGUAUUUUUAUCCUGCUGAAGGGGGUUUUGAUAGGAAUGAGCAUGUUUUGAAGCAUAAUUUGAAAUCUGGGUAUAGUCCCAAGGCUGAUUUGAUUUUGCCCAUUUCACGAAAUUCGCCGGGAAAUGAUGGGUUGUGGUUUGAGAUUGAGAAUUCAACUGAUGCUCAGGUGAAGGAAUUCAAGAUUCCUCAAAAUGUAUAUAGAGCUGUGUUGGAGGUGUAUGUUUCUUUUCAUGAGAAUGAUGAAUUUUGGUAUGGAAAUCUUCCGAAUGAUUACAUUGCCGAAAAUAAUCUGACUGGUUAUGCUGGAAAUGGACCUUUUAGGGAGGUUGUGGUGAGUCUUGANUAUGCACCCUUUUGUCGCUGA